AUGACCAUCCCCCAGGUCGUCGCCACCAUCCACCAGCCCAACAGCGAGAUCACCGAGACCUUUGACGACCUCACCCUGCUGGCCAAGGGCCGGGUCCUCUACACCGGCGCCUACCGCGGCGCCCCCCAGCACUUUUCGGCCGCGGGCCACCCCUGCCCCCUGUACAUGAACCCCACCGACUUUUACAUCCGGCUGUCUUCGAAAGAUGACGUCGCGGAUGACCUGGCGGCGCGCUGGGCGGCGGUCACGGCGAAGGGCAAGGAUGUGAGCGGCAAGGCCCUGGGUGCUGACGAGGACGCGUCCAUGCUGGCGCUGUCUCUGGAGGGCGCCGAGCGCGGCGGCCGCGACGCCAAGGGCGCGCGCGACGCCGCACGCGGCGGCCUCGCGCGCGCGUCGUCGCUGGGCGCGGCCGUGGGGGGCGGCGCGGCCGGGGCGGGGUGGUGCGGCGGCGGCGCAGGGCGGGCGCCGGCUUGGUACCAGAUCUGGGUGCUGAUGAUCCGGUUCUUCAGGUCGUGGUGGCGCACGCCGGUGCUGAUCGCCGCCGAGACGAUCCAGUACGUGUUCCUGGCUAUCUUCUCGGGGCUGGUCUACCUCUUCGUGGGCAGGGCCACGGACCUUGAUUCGGGGUAUGACAGGAUGGCGGCCGUCUUCAUUGUGCUGGCGCUGCUGGCCUUCACGCCCUCGUACACCGCGGUGGUGGUGUGGGACCACGAGAGGCGGCUGCUGCGGCGGGAGACCAACACGCGCAUGUACACCCGCGGCGCCUUUUUCAUUGCCAAGUCGCUCACGACAUCGCCAAUAGAGGCCGCCCAGGUGGCCGUGUUUGCCACAGUCACCUACCUCAUGUUUGGGUUCCAGCUCCACGCCGGCCGCAUCCUCACGUGGAUCGCCACCCUCGUCCUCUUCGCCCUCUGCUCCGAGACCCUUGGCUACUUCUGCGCCAUCGCCACCCCCAACGCCGCCAUCGGGGUCAGCCUCAUGAACACCCUGCUCGUGGUGCUCAUGGCCUUCUCAGGCUACCUAGUGCGCCGCGUGCCCGUGUACCUCGCGUGGAUUCAGAGGAUCUCGUAUUUCUCGUACGCAACCGACGUCCUCGUCAGCAACGAGUUCGCCGGCCUCACGCUCUCCGGCCCCGGCCCGGCCGGCGGCGCGGGCGAUGUGUCCGUGCCCGGCGAGGCGUUCGUGCCGGCGGCGGUGCACACGGGGCUGGGCGUGGGGGGCAACAUGGCGGUGCUGCUGGGGAUGACGCUGGCGACGCGAGCGGGGACGUGGUGCUUGCUGGAGCUGGCGGCACGCGGCCGCUUCCUGUGA